AUGAUUCCUUCGUUUGCUUUAUUGUGUGUGUCUGGCUUUGUCCAGUUUGUUGCGGCCAAAGAUGUCUACCUCCAGUGGGACGUCACUUGGGUCCAUGCUGCCCCAGAUGGCUAUGGGAGACCUGUGAUUGGUAUUAACGAUAAGUGGCCUUGUCCACAAGUCGACGUCAAUGUUGGUGAUCAGUUGAUUGUGGACGUUACAAAUAACUUGGGAAACCAGUCUACUGGUAUUCACUGGCAUGGCUUACACCAAUACGGUGCUGGUACUAUGGAUGGCGCUUCGAGUGUUUCUCAAUGCCCUGUUCCUCCUGGUUCAACUAUCCGCUACAACUUGACUAUGGACCAAGCUGGUACAUAUUGGUAUCAUUCACACAACAUGGGGCAGUAUCCCGAUGGCUUGCGCGGCCCAUUGAUUGUUCAUGAUCCAAAACCCCCUUUCCAUUGGGAUGAUGAGUUCACGGUCACUUUGACAGACUGGUAUCAUGAGGAGAUGUCUGACCUUCUCAAUCAGUAUCAAUCUAAAAGCAAUGCGCAGAAUAAUUUUGGCAAUGAGCCAAUACCUGAUGUUGCGUUGAUCAAUGACUCCACACAAUCCAAGUUCAAGGUCCAGCCAGGCAAGACAUACUUGGUUCGUUUCAUCUGCAUCGGAAAUUGGCCUGGUCAUGCGUUCCUGUUUGACGAUCAUGAGAUGACUGUUGUCGAGGUCGAUGGUGUCUGGGUGCAACCCUACCCAGUUGGCCUGAAGAACAUCCGAGUUGCACCCGGUCAACGUUUGAGUGUGCUUAUCAAGACCAAGGAUGAUGCAAAAAACAACUACGCUUUCUGGAAUACCAUGGACGUCAACAUGAUGUUCGUUUACGAGAACAAGGCUAUCCCUGACGCCUAUAACCCGAAUGCUACCGCAUGGCUAGUAUACAAUGAAUCUAUGCCACUUCCACCACCUCCUGUUAUCAAUAACUUCGAAUUUAUUGAUGAUGUGACGUUUGUGCCAUAUAAUCGCACGCCGAUUCUUGAACCAGUUGAUCAUCAAAUCAUCCUCAAUACUGGACAUACUACCAUCAACGGAGUCAGUCGGUUCACUGUCAAUGGCAAGACAUAUAUACCCCAGAAAGUACCCACUCUUUACACAGCCUUGACUAUUGGUUCAGAGUACUACAACAACCCAAAUGUGUAUGGUGAGGUGAACCCGCUUGUUCUCAAACACAACGAAGUUGUGGAGAUUGUGAUCAAUAACUUCCACAAUAACCUUCACCCUUGGCAUAUGCAUGGUCAUCAAUUCCAGGUUAUACAACGUACCGAGGUUAAUGGUGGUUUCUUUAAUGGUUAUUACGCAAAUGUCUCUUCCACUCCAGUUAUCCGUGACACCAUCAUGGUAGAGAACAAUGGACAUGCAGUUAUUCGAUUCCGUGCUAACAAUCCCGGUGUCUGGCUAUUGCACUGCCAUAUCGAGUGGCACGUCGAAGCCGGCUUUGUGGCUACCAUAAUCGAGGCACCAGAACAAUUACAAGAUUUGUACAGACCUGCUGACCAUCUCCGUAUCUGUGACGCCUAUGGAUCGCCUACCAACGGAAAUGCGGUGGGAAAUCAAGGUACAAAUCUAACUGGAGAAAAUAAUUACAUCUACGAAGGUGAUUCAGGGGCUAUUUACCCACCACUUGCGUUCCCGUAA